GUUUGUUCAACUCUAGGCUAGCUAUACAAUGAUAUUCAACUAGCAAAAGUCUCUCACUCUCUUCUUUCUUUUCCACUUUUUUCAGUUUUCACACCGUCUUCGUCUUCGUGCUACCAGCUUCCGAUUUCGAAUCUCUGAACCGGAUCUCACUCAAAAUUCAGAGCUUCACCAACUCAAUGCACAGACAGACAGAUCUUCUCAAGUGAUCUAGAAAAUCUGGUGCAGAGCUAUUUGGUGGCAGAAUCAGCUCAGCCAAUCCAGUCUACCGAGCCACAGUAUCUCCUCCGCAAAUAUCGUCCGCACGAAAAAUGAAGUGUGAAACAAAGACCUAAAAGGCUUCGGCCCCUGACUUUUUGACUAAUCCGCUGCGGUUAUGAUUAUGAACAAGUCACAUGUUCAAACUUGAAAACGUGUUGUUAAAACUUUAAUGACUGCUCACGAACACCCUAUCGUGGUCCAACGCUGUUCCUAUCCAGGGUGGUUCUAGUUCUCCCUAGCUUUAGUGUUCUAGACGAAGUCAUUUUUAAAUCCUUGACGCUGAAAAGCCGAAAUCCAUGACAAACUGAUACCAUUAAAUAUUGGUUUUUUAAGGUUUGAUUUAUUACCAAUUGUGAUUUGUUUAUUCUCUAUUUCACUUGAGUUUACCUCAAAGGGUGGGUUCCAGUUAGCUCUCAUCUCUCUAUGACAUCUCCAUUUGAGUUGAUAACUGGUUGACUGGUAGGCACUUAAUGGUUACUUGAAAAGUUCAUUCUACAGAGACUUAAUAUGAAGCUGUGAGAAAGUUUCACGACGCCAAAUUCAGCACAGAAGAAAAAUGAAGAAAGAAACCGCAUUGGUCCGUUCUAAAUGCACUUUAUUCUUCCUAUGGGGAUAUCUGUUGUUACUAGAAAGGGCGUUGGGUGAUCCAAGAUCUCAAACUGUCCAAAUUAUGUGCGGAAACCAAUCGGAGCACAAUGCAACUAUGUUCGUGCCUAAUUUUGUUGCUACAAUGGAAAACAUCAGCGAACAAGUGCGAACAGCUGGUUUUGGAGUGGCAGUUUCAGGUUCAGGACCAGACACGAACUAUGGGCUUGCACAAUGUUAUGGAGACCUCUCUUUGUUAGAUUGUGUAUUGUGCUAUGCUGAGGCACGUACACUUCUUCCCCAAUGUUUCCCCAACAAUGGAGGUCAGAUUUUCCUUGACGGGUGCUUCAUGAGAUCACAGAAUUAUAGCUUCUUUGAAGAGUAUAAAGGUCCUGCAGAUCAUGCAGUUUGUGGGAAUACAACAAGAAAGAGUUCAAAAUUCCAAGAAUCAGCUAGGCAGGCUGUGUUGCGUGCAGUUGCUUCAGCACCCAGUCAUGGAAAUUAUGCGCGAGCUACCAUAGCUGCUUCAGGUUCCAAUGAGUCAGCUUAUGUGUUGGCUAAUUGCUGGAAGAACCUGAAAACGAGUUCAUGUGAAGCAUGCUUGAAAAAUGCCUCUGCGUCUGUAUUAGGUUGCUUGCCUUGGUCAGAGGGCCGAGCACUGAAUACGGGAUGUUUCUUGAGGUAUUCAGAUAGAGAUUUCCUUAACAAGCAACUGGGAAAUGGAAGCAAAAGAGGGACCAUUAUUGCAAUAGUAGUUUCAGUAGUCAGUUCCUUGGUGGUUCUGGCAGUUUUAAUAGUUAUUGGAGCUCAUAUCUGGAAGCAGAGAUAUAUUCAAAAGAAAAGAAGAGGUUCAAAUGAUGCUGAAAAAUUGGUGAAAACUCUUAAUGAUAAAAGUUUGAACUUUAAAUACUCUAUACUAGAGAAAGCUACACAAUCUUUUGACGAUGCCAACAAGCUUGGCCAAGGAGGAUUUGGUACAGUUUAUAAGGGUGUUCUGCCUGACGGAAGAGAAAUCGCUGUGAAGAGGCUUUUCUAUAACAACAAGCACAGAGUAGCAAAUUUCUACAAUGAAGUUAACAUUAUAAGUAGUGUAGAACACAAAAAUCUGGUCAGAUUGCUGGGAUGCAGUGCUUCUGGACCAGAAAGCCUUCUUGUCUAUGAGUUCCUGCCUAACAAGAGCCUAGAUCGCUUCAUCUUGGAUUCAACAAGAGGUACAUUACUGAACUGGGAGAAGAGAUAUGAAAUUAUUGUUGGGACAGCAGAGGGUUUAGUCUACCUUCACGAAGAAUCCAAAACUCGAAUAAUUCACAGAGAUAUAAAAGCAAGCAAUAUUUUACUGGAUUCAAAACUACGUGCUAAAAUUGCUGAUUUUGGGUUGGCCAGGUCUUUCCAGGAAGAUAAGAGCCACAUAAGCACAGCCAUAGCAGGAACUUUAGGAUACAUGGCUCCAGAGUACCUAGCCCAUGGCCAGUUGACAGAAAAGGUAGAUGUAUACAGUUUUGGUGUACUUUUGUUGGAAACAGUUACUGGGAGGCCAAACAACAGGAGCAAAACCUCAGAAUAUUCUGAAAGUUUACUGACAAUUACUUGGAAGCAUUUCCAAGCAGGGACUGUUGAGGAGCUUUACGACAGAAAUCUCACGUUGAAUGACUCUGAUAAUAGUGGCGCUAAGGAUGAACUGUUAAGAGUGGUGCAGAUAGGACUUCUCUGUACUCAAGAGAGCCCAUUGUUGCGGCCAACAAUGUCAAAGGUGCUACAGAUGCUACAAAAGAAGGAAGAACACCUCCCUUCACCCACUAGUCCUCCAUUUACAGAUGAAAAAACCAUGGAACUCAAUGACACAUUUGAGGACCCAAACUACCCGUUGAAUUCUGGUGCUUUGGCAUCACUUGCCGGUGUCACUCAUAGUUCCUUCUAUCCUAGAUGAACCAAACAAAGAAAAGUUGGAAUUUUCACUAUAUAGAGAGGCAUCCAAGAUUUUUAUUGUAAGUGAGAAGCCCCCAGAAAUCUCAGACUAUCAGCAGUCAGCAGACCUUUAUGCAACCAUCUCGGUGGCCUUGUGCUGGCGUUCAGUGAGCAUAUAUAUAAUUCUAGGAAAUUUGGAACUGGCAACCGACGGUUGUAGAUAUAUUGAGGUUAGUGAUGCCAAAUUUGCCAAUUCUAUGGGAGGACAAGAGGGAGUAAUACCCCUGUCAAUAUCUUGUGUCUAUGACUGAUUAUUAUUGUAUUGUUUGUUGUAAAUCUUCCCCAUUUAACAAUUAAUACACGUUCGAUAGCAAGGCUUUAGUGCCAAACAGUACAA